AUGUGUGAUGCCAGCGACUAUGCAGUAAGAGCUGUUCUGGGUCAGAAAAUCGAAGGAAAAAGGUACGUGAUUUUCUAUGCAUCCAAGACCUUGAAUCAGGCUCAACGGAAUUAUGACAUCACUGAGAAGGAGAUGUUGGCCAUGGUGUAUUCAUUCGAGAAGUUCCGGGAAUACUUGUUAGGAUCUAAGGUCAUCGUCUAUACUGACCAUGCGGCCAUUAAGUACCUGAUUGCCAAGAACGAAUCAAAGCCCCGACUGAUUCGAUGGGUACUCCUGCUACAAGAAUUUGAUUGGGAGGUGGAAGACAAAAAAGGAGUCGAGAAUAAGGAAAUCCAAGAGGUUCAGAAGGAGCAGCGGGCGGCGUUGGAGAUGCUGACAAAACAACUUUCUCAAGUUGCGAUGUCACUGGGCGAGCUGAGGGGAAAUGAAGGAAGGAUUCCAGCCACUGUGCAGCCACCUGGUCGAGAAAACAUUAGCGAAGUAACCCUAAGAUCAGGAAAAGCCUACCAGGGCCCUACUCCACCUACGAAAUCUCCAGCAUCUAUGUCUGUGCCUAGCCAUGAAGGAGAAGGAGAAUCCAGUGGAGCAGAGCAAGCAAGAGGGAGUGAAAAGGGCAAGGCAAAAGUGGGAGGUGAAUCAUCAGAGGAAAGUCGAAGAGAGGAAACUGAGAAAGUUAAGCCAUAUCCGUACCAUGGAAUGGUGACAAGAAAGAGGGAUACCACAAUCGAUGUGGCAAGUAUGUUCAAGGACGUGGAGAUGAAGGUGCCACUCUUGACGGCGUUAAAGAUGACCCCGAUCAGCAAAUUUAUUAAAGACUACCUGGCAGGGAAGGUCAAUGAGGAAGGAAGAAUGAUUGCAGAUGAGAAUAUCUCUGUCGUGAUCCAGCGGAGUGAUCUUCCUUCAAAGAAGACCGACCCAGGGGUGUUCACUCUCCUAAUUUCAAUCGGAGAAAUUCAAGUAGAGCACGCGAUGUGCGAUCUCGGGGCAUCCAUCAAUGUGCUGACAUAUACUAUCUAUGAGAAGCUGGGAGUGGCCAAGCUCAUUGACACUGACAUAAUGAUCCAGUUGGCCGAUAGAUCAUGUAUUCACCCUGAAGGAAUUCUGGAAGACGUUAUUGUGAAGGUGAAUAACUUUAUGUACCCAGCCGAUUUUUUUGUAAUCAAGAUGACGGAGUCAACAGCAAAGGAGUCGAGUGUAGUCCUACUGGGACGGCCGUACCUGUCUACGGCCAGCACCAUUAUAGACGACCAUAAUGGGAUGAUAAGCUUGGACAUAAAUGGAGAACAAUUCACGUUCAAUAUAGAUGAAGCCAUGAAGAGGCCAUCCGACGAGGAGGUCGAGAAAGAAGUAGAAGAAUGGUAUGAUACCAUGAAGGUCAGAGAGAUGGACGACCAGGCCAUUGCGAAAGCAAUAACGGAUUUCUGCGAGCGCCCAAAGCCAGCUGGGUCAAGUGGGACAGCUCAAGUAUCUAGCAUAGCGAAGCGGCUUGAUAAAGGCAAGCCACUGGAAAAAGAAGUGGCAGAAAAUCCUCUGCCUACUGAAGAGCCAAAGCUCGCGAAGGAGUUGAAACCCCUUCCAGCACAUCUUAAGUACGCCUACCUGGGGGAGGAAGAAACAAUGCCCGUCAUCAUCAAUAGUCAGUUGACCUAG